AUGGAAGCUGUAACACAACAAACUUACUUGCAGCCAUCAACGGAUGUGAGAUUCGCCGGCCAUAAUUACGACUCACCUGCGUGGGAACAACCACAAUAUCCUGCGUAUCAUCAAACCUGGCCUAGCAUGUAUCCAUCUCAAGGCAGGCCCAAUGUCUUGAUCGGUGGACCUGGCUCCGAAGCUGGAUACCCCAGCUCGUAUGGAGAUCAGGGGGAUUUUGCUUCCUCACAAGGUGAAGCUGGCUCCGCUAACUCCAUGAUGGGAUGGUCUUAUCCACAAAUUUCAAAUGAGCAAGACAUAUUGGCUCACCCAAGUCCAAGUACCGGUGACCAAUCCAACCACCAUGAGCAGUUUCGCGAUCGGUAUCACCCCUACUUGCAGAGAUCAGGUAAUACCUCCGCGUCGUCAAGUCAGACACCCCCUUCUGAAAGAAGAAGACUUGGCAGACCAUCUGGAUCUACGUCCACUUCCGACCAACCUAGAAAGACAAGGAAGAAGGCGUUUCUCUCCCCGAAAAUGGAGAACAUCAUCAAAACCGGCCGCAAAGUUAUGGGGGCAACGCUUGAAGCUUUUAGGGCUUCCAAUGCAGCUAGUUUCUGCGCCGAUGGGCCAUCGUCGUCUCACUGGGCUACGUUAACCCCGAAAACAGCGCCCAAUGUGUGGUCAACCCCUACGAGGCGGGGUAAGACUUUCAAGGAGAUCCGAGGAGAUAAAGGACUCCCUGGAACGACUGCUAAAGAGCUGUAUAUGGGUCAAUGGAGUUGUCGAUUAACCUUGACAUUCGCUUCCACAGGACAGUCGAUACGCGUACGGGUACAGGCCCAAAGGCCGAUGAAACUGUGGAGUUUCGUCAAGUUCAGUAACAAUAAUCGAUCACACUUCCUCAGACCAGAGUCAACCAUCUACAAGGAUAACAAAGCGCAAGGACGAUCUUAUGAUGAGCCUUAG